AUGCUGUCUGUGGCCACCGGCCCUGGGAACAGCUCCAACAGCUGCAGCACAGACAGGAGCGUCCUGUCUCAGGCCGCGACCAGCAUCUCCAUCUGCCUCAUCCUGGGGCUGGGCCUGCUGCUCAACGGGCUGGCGCUCUGGGUGUUCUGCUGCCGCCUGCGCCGGUGGACGGAGACCCGCGUGUACAUGGUCAACCUGGUGGCAGCCGACAGCCUGCUGCUGCUGAGCCUGCCGGGGGUGCUCCACACGCUGCGCCAGGCGGCGGCCCCGGAGGGUGCCCUGUGCAGGGUCCUGCAGAGCUGCUACUACGCGAGCACCUACAUGAGCAUGUGGCUCCUCGCGGCCAUCGCGGCCGACCGCUACCUGGCCCUGCACUUCCCGCUGCGGGCCCGGGGCUGGCGCGGCCCCCGCCAGGCUGCCCUCACCUGCGCGGCCCUCUGGCUGCUGGUCGGGGGGGCGGUGGCCCUGCCCGCGGCCUGGCUGCGCCCGGGGGAGAGCUUCUGCUUCGGCCGGGGCCGCACCCGGGGCCCCAGGGCCCUGGUCUUCUCGCUGCUCCUCUUCUUCCUGCCGCUGCUGGUGCUGAGCGUCUGCUCCGGCCAGGUGCUCCGGCGCCUCCUCCGCGAGUGGGCUCGGGCCCAGCCCCCGGCCGCCGGCCGCAUCCUCAAGGCCCUCUGCGUGGUGACCGCCAACCUGGCCACCUUCGUGCUCUGCUUCCUGCCGCUGCACGUGGCCUUGCUGGCCAAGCUGGUGGCCCAGUGGACGGGGGCGGCCUGUCCCGCCGUCCAGAGGGCAGCCGCCGCCGUGCAGGUGGCCUCCCGCAUCGCCAACGCCAACUGCUGCCUGGACGCCAUCUGCUACUAUUUCGUGGCCACCGAGUUCCAGGAGGAGGUGGGCGCUGUGCUCACCAGGCCCUGGGCUUCCCGGGGAAGGGUGCCGCGGGCUCCUGCGUGUGUGCACCUCAGCCCGGGCAUCCAGGAGAGCAGCACAGGGGGCGGCCCCCACGCGGCCCCCAGCCCCCGGCGUCCCCGGCCCUCCCGCCGCCCCUGGCUUCCUGCCACCACGGAGUCCGCAAGAGUCAGCCUCCCUGACACGGUGUGA